GUGUCGCCAAUGUGUGUCGGUAGUCUUUUGUUAUCGUAUUGUUUUGUUUGUAUACAGAUUAACUAAUUUAUAGCACCUGUAUUAAACCGAUAAACGAGAUAAACACCGACGGACGUUUUCUAUAUCAUAAUAUCAUAUUUUGAAAUUUUGAAAUAAGGAGUAAACAUUAUAAAGUGUAUUGAAAGGUUAUAAUAAUAAGGAUAUAAAAUGUAGAUGAUUGCUGAUCAUGAAAAAUGUUGCAGUCCGUUGUAACGCUUCUUCUCAUUGGCUGUGUCGUAUGUGUUACGUCACGCCACGUGGAAACAGAAAAGGUAACCGGAUACAGGAUAAUAGACGGGUUGUGCAUGAAUUCGCGCUCUGACAGACUGGUAUACAGACACAAGAAUGAUUCCUAUGUAUACAUCGCAUUUGACAUACUGAAAACAGGGAUGGUUGACGUAUUUUCAUGGAAUAUUGUUAAAUCACCUAGGGGUACUUUUAUUUCGUCAAAAAUGAAGAAAAAAGAAGUGUUUGCCAUAGACUUUAGGAAAGAGGUGAACAGAGAUCAUGUUGUUGCGUCUACAAAUAAACGCUUUCAGCGACAGUUUGAGCACAGAGCGAGUCGCAAGAUGAAACAUUGCCGCAUGAUUACAGCUGUAAAGAAGAAACAUUGUAAACUAUCGGCCAUUCAUUCAUUAUUAGCACGACUGGAAAUGAAAGAAGUAAGGUUUGGUGUAGAUCCCGAGGACUGUAAUACAUGAGAAAGCCUUUACUUUGAAGUUGUGUGAUGUAUUAGUACGAGGAACGUAUCAUUUGAUAGUGCUUGAUUUUUUUCUCCAGGCUAUAAUUUGUAAAUACUUUAUUGUGUAUAUGAUCAAAUCUUCUGGUAAACACACGCCAACCGAAAAUCAAAUAAAAGAAAUUUUGAAAAGAUA